GUCAGCAUUCUCGCUCUCUCGCCGGUAACACGCAGUAGAAGAACUCGCUCUACAGCAAAGCUCCAACCAUGGCCGACGCCGCACCUGCAAAAUCACCUGCUAAGGCCCCAGCAAAGAAGAGGGCAUCCAAGCCAAAGAAGCCAGCAAGUCACCCUAAAUACUGUGACAUGAUCAAGAAGGGCAUCACUAGUAUGAAAGAUCGUAGUGGUUCGUCUCGCCAGGCUCUCUUAAAGUACAUCUUGGCCAACUUUAAAGUUGACGCUAAUGCCGCCAAAACUCACCUGAAGCUGGCUCUCCGUGCUGGUGUCAGUAACGGAACUCUGAAGCAGUCCAAGGGAACCGGUGCCUCCGGAUCAUUUAAAAUCGGAGAGAAGUCUGAGAAGACAAAGAAGCCCAAGGCCAAGAAAGCUGUCAAACCCAAGGCUGCCGGAGCUAAGAAAGUGAAGAAGCCAAAGGCAGCUGUCUCCAAGAAAUCUCCCAAGAAGGCAUCCAGGAAGCCUAAGGCAGCCAAAAAGCCCGCGGCAAAGAAGGCAGCUAAACCCAAGGCAGCCAAGAAGUCUCCCGCUAAGAAGGCAGCCAAGCCCAAGAAGGCAAAGAGCCCCAAGAAGAAGGCAGCAGCCAAGAAGUGAAUACUGAUGUUGUGAAACUGACUUGUGUAAUUAUGUACAAACUUUCACACCUAGUGCUAUCAUCAUCACCGCCUCAUCAAGUGUCGUACAUUAACUCAUUUUACCAUUGUGUUCACAUUCGCUCUGCAUCAGGGCAAAACUGGACAGGCAGCAGAUUGACUUCAGUGUGGCAAGUGGAUGUUGACAUCCCUCAUACGGGUCAUCGAAAGACAGUAUCAAAAGUGCUCAUUGACUUUUUCAUUUGUGCAAUUUUGUUAAUUAUUUAUUGUUAUGCAAAAUGCGCACGCCAUUGCUCAUUGAUAUCGCGAUUCAUUGUGUAUAUAUGCCAUUUCAUGAUAUAAAAGAACGAAGUGAAA